AUGGCCACGGCGGCUUCCAACCCCUACCUUUCCAGCAGUAGUAUUUUAUCGUCGGGCUCGAUUGUGCAUUCCGACUCCGGAGGUGGUGGCAUGCAACCGGGUAGUGCCGUUACCUCGGUGUCUGGCGGCUAUAGAGGCGAUUCGACGGUGAAGAUGGUACAAAGUGACUUCAUGCAGGGCGCGAUGGCUGCGAGCAACGGGGGACAUAUGCUCAGCCAUGCCCAUCAGUGGGUGACAUCGCUGCCUCAUGCCGCUGCUGCUGCCGCUGCUGCCGCUGUUGCGGCCGCCGAAGCCGGCUCCCCCUGGUCGUCUAGUCCCGUUGGGAUGACGGGGAGUCCCCAACAGCAGGACGUGAAAAACAAUUCUGCCAGAGACGACCUGCACUCGGGCAAUGCGCUGCACCACAGGCCCCCACACCUCGGACCGCACCAGACACAUGGCGGGGCUUGGGGCACCACCACCGCCGCGCACAUCAACUCGAUAUCUGGGGGGCAGCAGCAGCAGCAGUCGCUUAUUUACUCUCAGCCUGGUGGUUUCACGGUGAACGGGAUGCUUAGCCCUGGUAGCCAAAGCUUAGUGCACCCCGGGUUAGUGCGAGGGGACACGCCGGACCUCGAUCACGGCAAUCACCACCACCAUCACCACCACCACCAGCACCAGCACCACCAUCAGCAGCAUCACGGCGUAAACAGUCACGACCCUCACUCGGACGAGGACACGCCGACUUCAGACGAUUUGGAACACUUUGCAAAGCAGUUCAAGCAGCGUCGAAUCAAACUGGGCUUCACGCAGGCCGACGUUGGCUUAGCCUUAGGUACUCUCUAUGGGAACGUUUUCUCCCAGACCACCAUCUGCAGGUUCGAAGCCCUGCAACUCAGCUUCAAGAACAUGUGUAAACUCAAGCCACUGUUGAACAAAUGGCUAGAGGAGGCCGAUUCAUCCACAGGCAGUCCCACCAGUAUUGACAAGAUAGCGGCGCAAGGGCGAAAGCGGAAGAAGCGCACCUCCAUCGAAGUCAGUGUCAAAGGGGCUUUGGAGAGCCACUUUUUAAAAUGCCCCAAGCCUUCCGCGCAAGAGAUCACAUCGCUGGCCGACAACCUGCAGCUGGAGAAAGAAGUGGUGCGCGUAUGGUUUUGCAAUCGGAGGCAGAAAGAGAAACGGAUGACCCCGCCUGGAGUGCCCCAGACGCCGGAGGAUGUGUACUCCCAAGUCGGCAAUGGACAAUUUUUAGUAGAUUACUUAAAAGAUGCAAGUUUAACUGGGCCGAGUGAACCUGGAGACCAGAGGGUGACAACUACAAGUUCGUUCCAUCAGGUAAUUUUGGCUCAUUGACAUCACCAAGGAAAAGAAAACAAAGCAUUUUUUAAAUGACCAAAAAAACUUUUUCCCCCCCACGUUUCCCCCCACUCCCUAUUGUCAAGUACGAAAACAAGGGAGGCAGUCAAUUGUAUAUUACAGGAAUGGGACUUUAAUGUCAAGCCUGAAACAAAGAGAAGACAUGGAUCAUCAACAACGCGAGGAAGAGUAGCAUCUUUGAAGCUUCCCAUCGACCUUUUUUUUUUGCAAGAUUUUGUUCUGCUUUGCUUUUUUCAUCAGCAUGAGUGAGUGGGAUACCUCAGGCCCAGCUAUUCGCCAGAAAAGAGCUACCCAAACAUAAACACACAGGCCCAUCACAACAUUUCAUGUCAAGCUACUUUCACUCCCGUUUUUUUAUUUAAUGAACUGAAACUUUUAAAGGAUUAUGGAGCGCAAGAAAGACAUUUGAAAAAAAAAGACUGACUCUUCUACUCCUGCACUUAUUUGACAUUGUCCUCUGCAAACGGCCCUUGCCAAGUGUGACUGUAUGGUUGCUGUGGACGCAACCACGUUAAUGCUGCCAUUUCCACGCAGUAUUCUUUGGUAGGUUUUAAUAAACAAAGACUGUAAAGCCGGCAAUAUAGAUUCACUAGAUCAGAUGCUGAUCUGAAUUAUUUACUUUAUAUUUUUCAUUAAAAUGAGUUGUUUUAAUAUUUUAUUCGGGAUACAUAUUAACUAUUCCAAACAGUAAUUUAUUUUCCCCCCCAAACUUGUGUAAUAUUAUGAUUUUGUUUUCUUACCCGUUUUCGACGUCUGUCCUAUUUGUUUUUGGUCGUUUGUUUCAUUUUGUAUUAUCAGUUUUAAAGGAGCACAAAUCAACUCAAGCUGACAUUUGACAGUGGUUAGGUGAUGAGGGGUAUAUUUUGAUGUGAUGAUUUGAUUGUAAUUUAAUUUCAGUAGUGAUUCCAUGAAGAUGA